GGUGACUAUCCCUGGAAGAGGCCGUGUCGAGACCAAGCUGGUUGUCUUGGGACCAUUCACAGCGAAGGAUCCCUGAUGUUGGCAAAGGCACAAAAUAGCAAGGGCAAUAUUCCGUUGUCAAUGGAUCACCGCAUCCUUCUCCCCGCUAAGCUUCAUUGAAUUCACAGUCGUAGGACCUCCCCUCAUUGUCCUCCUCAAUGGAUCUUGGUCAGCUGUUGCGAAGCGGUUAUCAGGACGUUCAGACGAUUCGGUACGCUGAACUGGCCUCAAGCACGAUCAUUGUAUUGGAUCAUCUCAUUACUCUCGACCAAGAGAUUGAGCUCAUCUGGAAAUCUGGCUGGUCCGUUGGAAAAUGUCUCUUUCUUCUCAACAGAUACUAUACCUUGGCCGUUGUCAUCUUCAACAAUUACAGUCUACAUUGGUUUCGUUGGCAAGGAGCCACAGGUGUCAUAGGCUUCGUUGUCGGAGAGCUUAUCCUUCAACUUCGCCUCUAUGCGUUGUAUUUCUUGGAUAAGCGGAUUCUUGCCUUUAUGGCUCUCACUUUCGUCUGUUCCGUUGCUGCCGCAUCUACGUUGAUGGGCAUAUCACUGGUUCACGUCAGAGCUUUGUCUCACGUACUACCCGGACUGCCGUUUUGUUUACCCAUAAACGUUCCCUCUCACUUCUUUAGCUGGUGGAUUCCUAUUCUCGUUUCAGAAACUCUGCUCUGCGGCUUGGCCCUCUGGAGAGGGUUCCAAAGUUACUACAAGCGCAAGAAUAUCUUCCAAUCAGGUCGAGAGCUAAUCGAGAUUCUCAUCCGGGAUUCCGUGCUGUAUUUCUUGGUUUUGUUCGGUAUUUAUUUGUGCAACACAAUCAUCUUCAUCAUUGGCAACGAAACUCAACUGGAGGCGGCCAUUGGGUAUUCCGUAGCCAUGUCUUGCGUAAUGGGCAAUCGACUUUGCCUCAAUGUCCGUGGUAUGGUUCACAGCGAUGAGGAUCUGCCACAAUACAGUGGGAACAACCGUGCAAGCCGUGGUGGGCAUCCAGUCUCUCGGCCAACCAGACAUGGUUCGCAUCGAUCCAACGGAGCCAUACAGGCGGUGAUUGAUUCGUCCAACGCUUCCAGCGUGCGACUGUCUGAAUUCGAGAUGCACGAACUCAGGGACAUGAGGUUCAAACUGUAGACUCAGGACUAUACUUCUUGACUAUUGUAUUUUGGUGCGACGAGCACGCACGUUUGUAUUACUUACGUGGUUGUACUUUGAGAGGAGAAGCUGGGCUGGUAACUUAUCGAU